AUGACAAGUUCUCUCCAGAGUUCUCAGUGCUCCUGGUCCUACUCCACUGCAGGGAGCAAAUACGAUGAAAAGUCCAACAGACACGUAAUGGAGGAUACAAGUACCUGGCAGGUUCAAACAGAAACUGAAAACUCGUUCAGAGAUGAACUAGACAAGAAGGCAGCUGAGUUGAUACAGUUUCUGCUCCUCAAAUAUCAAACAAAGCAACUUAUCUCAGACAAAAUACUAAAGAUUGUCAUCAACAGAUCCAAGGACCACUAUAUUAUGAUUUUCAGGAAAGCAUGUCAGUGUAUACAGCAUGUUUUUGAUAUUGCUCUGACAGAAGUGGACCCUGACAACCACUUGUAUAUCUUCAAAAACACACUAGACACUUACAAUGGGAGACUGAGUGAUGAAAAGGGUAUACCGAAAGCUAGUCUUUUGACAGUUAUUCUGAGUAUAAUCUUCAUGAAGGGUAACUGUGCCCCUGACAAGGUGAUCCGGGAAGCGCUGAAUGCAGUAGGGGUGUAUGCGAGUAGGGAUCACUUAAUCUAUGGGGAGCCCAGGAAGCUCCUCACCAAAGAUAGGGUUCAGGAAAAUUACCUGGAAUACCAGCAGCUGCACAACAGUGAUCCUCCAUGCUGUGAAUUUAUGUGGAGACCAAAAGCCUAUUCUGAAAUCAGUCAGUGGAAAGUCGUAGAGUUUUUAGUCAAGCUAAAUAAUACUUUCUCUAGUUUCUUUCCAACUUGGCACGAGAAUGCUUUGAAAGAUGUGGAAGAGAGAGCCCAGGCCAUAACAGAUGCUGCAGAUGAGGCUACUGCCAUGACCAGUGUAAGCUCCAGUGUCACUUUGAGCAACUUCCAUCCUGAGUGA